AUGAGGAGGGAUAAUCAGAGCAGUAUGUCUGAAUUUCUCCUCCUAGGACUUCCCAUCUGGAUGGAGCAGCACGACAUGUUCUUCCCCCUGUUCCUGGGCAUGUACCUCACCACAGUGCUGGGGAACCUGCUCAUCAUCCUGCUUAUCAAGCUGGACUCUAGCCUCCACACCCCCAUGUACUUCUUCCUCAGCCACUUGGCCUUCACUGACAUCUCUUUCUCAUCAGUCACAGCCCCAAAGAUGCUGAUGAACAUGCAAACACAGAAUCAAUCCAUCUCUUAUGCUGGGUGCAUUUCUCAGGUGUAUUUUUUCAUAUUCUUUGCUGAUAUUGAUAGUUUCCUUCUCACCUCAAUGGCCUACGAUAGGUACAUGGCCAUUUGUCACCCCCUUCACUAUUCCAUCAUCAUGAGGCAAAGCCUGUGUUUCCUGCUAGUAAUUGUAUCCUGGGUCUUAUCCUUCGCCAAUGCCCUAGUGCACACCCUACUCCUGGCCUAUCUGUCCUUCUGUGGAGACAACACUCUUCCUCACUUCUUCUGUGACCUAUCUACCUUGCUGAAGCUGUCCAGCUCAGACACCUCAACCAAUGAGUUGGUUAUUCUGACUGUAGGGGGAGUAGUCAUUACCCUUCCGUUCAUAUGCAUCCUGGUCUCUUAUGGUCACAUUGGUGCCACCAUCUUGAGGGUCCCCUCGACCAAGGGGAUUUGCAAAGCCUUGUCCACUUGUGGCUCUCACCUCUCUGUAGUGUCUCUGUACUAUGGGGCAAUUAUUGGAUUGUAUGUUUCCCCCUCAUCCAGUGACUCCAAUAGCAAGGAUGUCAUUGUGGCUGUAUUUUACACUCUGGUCACUCCCAUGCUAAACCCUUUUAUCUACAGUCUGAGAAACCGGGACAUGAAAGGGGCUCUGGGAAAUAUACUCAGUAAAGUUUUCACCAUAAUGUACUCUGUAGACUAG